AACUACCCUGCACGUGGUAAUCCUUAUCUGGUCUCAAGGUUCACGUUCACAGAAGGGACACAAGCCCCAUGGUAUGAUGCGGCAGUAAAUCCAAAUAAUGAUCCUGUACUUAUUAUUAACGGUUUUUUGGUCGUAUGUGAAGUUCAAGAUUCAAUUGCUGGUUCUACUUCUGCUCCCACUUCUAUUCCUACUCCUAUUCCUACUCCUGUUCCUACUACCACAGCCCCAGCAGCAGCAUCAGAGUCAUCAUGGAUCAAGAAGCAUUGGUAUGUCCCUCUGAUCAUUGUUUUGGUUGUGCUGGCCGCUAUCAUUGGACUGAUUCUACUAUGUUGUUGUCUUGGUGGCGGUGGCGAAGACAAGUACCUAUAUCCAAUGGCCACUAGAGAGGCCAGUGAUAUGCCUCUGCGUGCACGUGAAAUCACUGAUGACGAUGAUGGUUACUAUAAUGAUAUUGAUGAUGACCGGAGUGUGUCCAUGGUUCCAUCAGAACCGAUGCCAAUGGAAGAUAUUGAAUCUGCGAAUGUAUCAGUGUACUCGGUUGCACAGAACAAUGUUUACGGUGAUGGAGAUGUAUUCUCGCAGGGCAACCGAUAA